AUGGUGCAGUGGUUCCGGUUCUUGAAGUGCGAUCAACCGCUGGCUAUAUAUUUUUUUGCGGUGCCUUAUCUUAGCCUCAACCUGAUGGGUUAUUGGCCAGGAAAGCGCGAGGAGCGCCUGCCAUUGCGUGCUCUUGUCCACUUUGUUAUCCUGGCCAUUGGGGUGCUGACGGAGCUACAUGCAGGUCUUCUGUUUCUGGAUCAGCAACAGAUCACCCUGGCUUUGGAGACCCUCUGUCCGGCGGGUACCUCGGCCGUGACCCUCCUCAAGAUGUUCCUCAUGCUGCGCUAUAGGAGCGAUCUCUGCGAUAUGUGGACCAGGCUGAGGGAGCUGCUGUUCGAGGCCCAGCAGGAGAGGCCGGAGCAGAGGAGGAUUCGGUUGAGGCAUUCGGUGAUGGCGGCACGGAUUAACUUUUGGCCUUUGUCCACCGGGUUUUUUACCUGUACAACAUAUAACCUGAAGCCCAUUCUGUUGGCUUUUGUACUUUUUCUGCAGCAACGCGGCGAUGAGAUCCUUUGGGUUACACCUUUUAAUAUGACAAUGCCACCGGUUCUCCUGAAAUCCCCUUUUUUCCCCUUGACAUACAUUUUUAUUGCCUACACAGGAUAUGUGACCAUCUUUAUGUUUGGAGGCGCUGAUGGCUUCUACUUUGAGUUCUGUUCCCACAUUUCGGCCCUAUUUGAAGUGCUUCAAGCUGAGAUAAGGGCGAUUUUUAGGCCCUAUAAAGACCUCUUACAGCUCUCACCGGUGCAACUUUAUAAUUUGGAGCAGCAAAUGCGUGCUGUAAUCAUCAAACAUAAUGCCAUUAUUGAUCUCACCAAGUUCUUUCAAAAGCGCUAUGCCAUUAUAACCCUGGCACAUUUUGUAUCCGCUGGAAUGGUUAUAGGAUUUAGCAUGGUUAAUCUUUUAACCGUUGGCACCAACGGCCUGGGGGCUCUUCUGUAUGUGGCCUAUACGAUUGCCGCUUUGAGCCAACUUCUGGUUUAUUGCUACGGUGGAACCUUGGUGGCCGAGAGUAGCGUUGACUUAGCCAAAGUCAUGGGUUCUUGUCCUUGGCAUCUACUUUCUCCUGUACAAAGACGUCUGGUUCUGCUCCUGAUAUUACGCUCACAAAAGGCAAUGAGUAUGGCAGUGCCCUUUUUUUCGCCUUCACUGGCCACAUUUGCCUCGAUUCUACAGACUUCAGGCUCGAUAAUUGCCUUGGUUAAGUCUUUUCAAUAG